AUGGGGCGGCUGUUGAGCCCGGCGCCGACGCUGUGGCUCGUUUGCAUCGCAUCGAUGCUCGCCACGGCAUCGGUGGAGGGUAAGCCCACCGCAAUCAAGCGCGCCGGCGGUCGGCGACUCGCCGAGGCCACCGACGCGGGCGAGCCCCUGCUCGUGUCUUUGCUGGACGGCACGGUCCGCGCGGUGGACAGGUCCUCGGGCGAGACGCUGUGGACGUUCUCCUCGGGCGGGCCCCUGGUUCAGGCGCACCGUUCGGUCUCGGACGGACCCGACGGCGGCGGCGGGGUCGCGAUACGCGGACGGACGAACCCGACGGUGUUCCCCGGAAUCGACGGCAGCCUCUACGCGUACGGCGGCGGGCACGGGUCGGGGUCCGGCGGAACAGGGGAGGUGUCGAGACUGCCCGUCACCGCGAGGCAGCUCGUGGAGGCUUCGCCAUCCGUCACCAGGGACGGCGGGGUGGUCAUGGGCACGCGCCGGAGCGUGGUGUUCGCGGUGGACAAACGCACCGGAGAACUCCUACGGAGCUUCGACACGGACGGGACGGUGGUGCACGGGGGAAACGACGACACAGGGUUCUUCCUGUCGAACGAGUCACCGACGGGGGACCCGACGCCAAACGACGUAAACGACGAAGCGUUUUACAUCGGGCGGACCGAGUACGUGGUCCGAUCCGUGGACAGCUCGACGGGACGGGAGCGGUGGAACGUGACGUACGGCGAGGUCACGCCGCUGACGUCGACCGCGCAGGGAGGGGGGGGGCGCGGCGGGCCGCUGUUCCUGCGCCGCGGCGACACAGCUGGCGACGGCGAUGGCGACGCGGGUGACGGAUCGAGUGCGCCGAGGCUCGAGUGGGGACCCGGCAACUCCAUCGCGUGCGCCGGCGGCGCGGGACACGCCCACGCGUGGACCGCGCACAUGCCCUCCACCCCCGUGGCCGUCCACGACGGACGCACCGGCCGCGCCAUCAAGGGCGGUUCGCCUGGCGUCGGCGGCGGCGGCGACGGGGGCGCGGGGGGCGGCGACAUCCUCGUCGGCGCGCACGGCGGCGGCCUCUUCGCGCUUCCGUCGACGGACGGCGGGAAGACGCGCGGGCUGAGUUUGGGGGUUCCCGGGGAUUCCCUCGGUACCGUCGGCGCGCUCGUCCCGGUCGCCGUGUCCCCGACGGUUCGCCCGGACGACGAUUGGGCGUGCAUCCCCGAGAAGCUCUGGGACGACGCGCUCACCCCGGGCGGGCUGGACUCUUUCCUCGCGCUGCACGGGGUGAGCGGGAUCGGUUUAUCGACGGAUGGGGGAUUGGCGCUUCUCACGCCCCUGCAGCGGGCGGUUGGGUCGCCGGUCGGGGCCGCGGUGGUGGUCACCGUCGCCGUGGGUUUCGGAACCCUCGUGUCGUACGCGGCGUUGAUCGCUCGAAGUCGUUUGAACGGUUUGAACGGUGGAUCGAACAGUGGAUCAAACGGAUCGAACGGUUCCAAGCGCGGCAGCCGGGGUAAGAACCGAGGGAGGAGGAACAAGGGCAAGGGCGGAGUGGGAGGAGUGGGCGGAGUGGGAAGGGUUGGGGACGACGAGGCCGCCGACGAGGUUCCCGUAGCGACAGCGGACCGCGGAAACCCUCCGGAGCCGCUCCGGAGCGACUCCGGCGCGGUUCGCGUCGGCCGUCUCAGCGUCGGCCCGGGGAUCCUCGGCUACGGUUCGUGCGGGACGAUAGUGUUCGAGGGCGAGCUGGACGGCAGGCCCGUCGCCGUCAAGCGGCUCCUCGCGCAGUUCCACGAGCUCGCGCGCGCCGAGCUGGCGACGUUGAUUUCGUCGGAUGAGCACCCGAACGUCCUUCGAUGCUUCGCGAUGGAGGAGGAUGCGGAUUUUGUUUACGUCGCGCUGGAGCGUUGCAGCAGCGCGCUGGCGUCGGUGGUGGACGGCGGAUCGAUGGGCGUUGGGCUUGACCUCGCGACGAAGGACGGCGACGCCUUCGACCUGGUCGAUCCGAGCACGGGGCGUCCGACUUCAGAGGGCAUGACGCUGAUGCGGGACGUGUGCGAGGGGUUGCACGCGUUGCACAGCCGCGGCAUCGUGCACCGCGACUUGAAGCCCCAGAACGUGCUGGUCACCCCGCAGCGCCGCGGGAAGCUCGCGGACAUGGGCCUGGCCAAGCGCCUGGGCGUCGGCGUCGGCUCGGACGUCUCCUUCGAGACGCACCUCGCCGGGGUGGGCGGCACCGAUCAUCAUCACGCCGGGAGCGGCACCGCGGGGUGGCAGGCGCCCGAGCGCCUGCUCAGGGGCAAACAGGCCAGGUCCGUGGACACGUUCGCGCUCGGGUGCCUGAUGCACUACUGCCUCACGGGGGGCGAGCACCCGUUCGGUGAACGGUACGAACGCGACGCCAACGUGAUUAAAGGCAACGCGAACCUCGCCGCGGUGGGCCAUAUGCCCGAGGCGGCGGAUCUCAUCGGAAAGUUAAUCGCGAGGGACGCGGACGCGAGGCCCUCGUCCGCGGAGGUUUUGCUGCACCCGUUCUGGUGGAGCGACGCCAAGAAGCUGACGUUCCUGUCCGACGUGAGCGACAGGGUGGAGAUGGAGGACAGGGAGGUUGGGGGCAAGCGGCUGCUGGGUUCGUUGGAGCGGGACGCGAUGAAAAACGCGCUGGGCGGCGGCGAGUGGGUCCCCAAGCUGGACCCGUCGCUGCUCGAGAACCUCGGCCGGUACCGCAAGUACAACGCCGCCGCCGUCCGCGACCUCCUGCGCGUCAUACGCAACAAGAUGAGCCACUUCAGGGAGCUUCCGGCCAAGGUACAGGCGACGGUGGGCUCGCCCCCGGACGCGUUUUACCGAUACUUUGCGACGCGAUUUCCCGGGCUGCUCCUCCACGCGUACGCCUUCGCCGCGCGCGAAUGCGCGCACGAGUCCAUGUUCCGGCGGUACUUUUUCCCGCACGAGGAGGACACGAGGUGUUCCGGGGAGGCGCUGGCGAGUUUGGAGCGCGCGAGCGCGGCGGUGGCGGCUAAAGCGGCGGAGAGGGCGGCUCGGCGCGAGGCGACAAACGAUCGAACGAGCGUCGAGUACCCGGUGAGGCCGGGCGAGCCGGAUUGCGUGUUUUGGAUCAAGACCGGGCGGUGCAAGUUCGGCGCGGGGUGCAAGUUCAACCACCCGAGCGGAUUGCACGGGUAA